CAAGAAGUGCAGCAUCGAGCAGAUCCACGCCGAGCUGGCCCGGCGGCGGAAGAAGCUCGAAAAAGAAGAACAGCUGAAGAACUACUGCUGGUGCGGGGUGUGCCGCCCCGCCAAGGGUCCGUGGCGUCCACGGCGAAACACGCUCGUGCAGAUGGGUAUCUUGAAGGAACACGAAAGCAUGGAUGUGUGGGAAGAUAGAAAGAAAGAACUGCGCGAGAAGUACCGAAGAGAAAACAAAGCAAAAGACGGCGAUGAAGAUGAAGAUGCUGAAAUAAAGGCUGAAGGAAAGGGCGUCGAAAAUAACAACCAGAAGAUGAAUCGAAGUGAGGAGGAAGCAUCAAAAGAACUGCACAAACAAAACGAGCAAAAAGUUGAUCACCUUGUGCUCGUUUCCCACGGCAAAGAACCAACUUCCGAAGAAAGACAGCCGUUGACGACGGUACAUGAAGAGACCAUUCUAGAAGACACUGCACCCGUUUGCGAAAACGUCGAAGAACAGGACCUGUUGGACGAGUUUCAGAUGGCCGAACUGGAGCUGCUUUGCGAGGAAAUCGAAAAGAAGGGCGCAGAUGAUGAAAAAGCCGGUAGUGGUACGGGUGCAUCAGCGUCCAAUGUUGCUGUCGUGCAGGCGUCAGGAGGUAGUGGCCCCUCCUCGUCUUCAGCCGCGGUGUCUUCUUCAAUAAAAUCGCGACUGCAGGCACCCUCCGUGUUUGCUCGAGGCGGCUCCGCGCCCGCAGUUUUGGCGACUUCGAGUAGCAAGCUCAGUUGCCGUCCUUCAGCCCUACCCGGUGCGGAAUCCGCAGCGCGCGCACAGAAGAUUAAGCCUUGAGUAAAUAGAUACUAAUACAGAAGUCGAAGUGACAUUUAUUUUACAUUUUCCGCUGCUCUUUCUAGCUUCCCUGCUUUGGUACUAAAACUACCUAAAUAAAAGCAGCAAAUCUGAUGAGCUGGUGCUGAGUCAGCUUCAGCGCUACGACGCAAGCGUUGACUUCACCUGGUCGCGUGGUCGUCCACCUGGGGGAGAUAACGACGCUUAAGUCAGUCCGAUCACAACUUUUGAGGCUAUUUCUCGAACUACUAUUCUGUUUCUGAUGUAAUGUUGUUUGUGUUUUGAUCACAUAACACAUGAUUGCCGAUGAUGAUGUCGUUCUACUUGAAUCAUUCAUUGUGGCUUUUGAGACGAACAAAUGCACCAACUUCUUUGACACUGUACCAAAAUUGCUGGCUCU